AUGGGUUUUGGAAGAAUCUUCGCCGCGCUCCGUCGAUGCAAGCAGCUGGAAGAAGGUGACAGUACCACCCAGCUGUCCCGAUGCCUUGGUCUCUUUGACCUCACCGCGUUGGGCGUGGGCAGCACCCUGGGUCUUGGAGUAUACGUGCUGGCUGGCGCUGUUGCGAAGACAGUAGCCGGUCCAGCCGUCACUUUGAGCUUCCUUGUCGCCGCUAUAGCUUCGGCGUUUGCUGGUCUCUGCUACGCGGAGUUCGCAGCGCGCGUCCCAAAGGCGGGUUCAGCUUACGUCUACAGUUACGUCAGUGUUGGGGAGUUCGUCGCCUUCACCAUCGGGUGGAACCUCAUCCUGGAGUACGUGAUUGGCACAGCCAGCAUGGCGAAGGGCAUGUCCAACUACAUCGACAGCCUCUGCAACAACAGCAUGUCGGCUAGGAUGCUGCAAGUCGCCCCUAUCAACGUUUCCUUCCUCGCGGAGUACCCUGACUUCUUCGCGUUUGGCCUGGUCUUAGUUAUGACAAUAUUGCUGGGUGUCGGUGUGCGCGAAUCAACCAAACUAAACAACAUUUUCACUGCUUUCAACAUGUUGACGAUUGUCAUCGUCGUGGUCGCGGGGGCUACGAGGAGCGACCCCGCCAACUGGAUGCUAAACGUUGAAGACAUACCUGAAGAGGAUCGAGAGAAAGCCGGCGCGGGGGGUUUCAUGCCGUGGGGUGUCGCAGGGGUCAUGGCUGGGGCCGCCAAAUGUUUCUUCGGAUUCGUCGGCUUCGAUUGCGUGGCGACCACGGGCGAAGAAGCGAAGAACCCGAAGAGGGACAUUCCGCUGUCAAUAGUAUUUUCGCUGAUCAUCAUUUUCCUGUCCUACUUCAGUAUCGCGACCGUUCUGACGAUGAUGUGGCCGUAUUAUCUUCAGGACGCUGAUGCCCCCUUCCCCCACGUGUUCACUCAAGUUGGCAUGCCAGUUAUCAAAUGGAUAGUCACAAUUGGAGCCAUCUUCGCCCUUUGCACCAGCUUGCUUGGCGCUAUGUUUCCACUACCCAGGGUCCUAUAUGCUAUGGGUAGCGAUGGUGUACUCUUCAGACCACUCUCUGCUAUCAAUAAGAAGACACAAACUCCUUUGUUAGCUACUGCCUUGAGUGGUUUACUUUCUGCAAUAAUGGCGGCCAUCUUUAAUCUAAAUCAACUCAUUGACAUGAUGUCGAUCGGAACGCUGAUGGCUUACACGAUUGUUGCGACUAGUGUUCUGAUAUUGAGGUAUGAAGAGGACAGCACCAUGAUUUUGAACGGUAUCAAAUCCCUACCAGAAACGCCGUACAGCGUGGCUCGACAAAUGUUCAAUUUGCUUGGCAUCAAGCAGCCUACUUCUCUAUCAGCUAACAUCGCGAAGUGCACAAUUGUCGUGUUGUUUGCAAUUGCUUUAGUCACGUGCGGUCUUCUUAGCUGGAACAUAGCCAGCCAGUUAAGCAGUGUGGCCGUGGGCGUCUUUGGAGGUAUCCUUCUCGUUCUGCUUCUCAUUCUCUAUCGUCAACCACGGAGGGACGUCAAGCAUCUUACUUUUAAGGUCCCACUGGUGCCCCUUGUGCCAUACCUUAGUACGUGCAUGAACAUUUACCUGAUGGUCCAGCUAGACUACCUCACAUGGAUCCGGUUUAUUUUGUGGCUGGCUAUUGGAUAUUUAAUCUACUUCUUCUAUGGCAUCAACAAUAGUUCACUAAUAGUAAAGGACACGGAACCAAUUCCACCCAUCAACGGAAAGAUCGAGGAGAAACACGUUAUCACGAAAUUUUGA